CUCCACACUGUGGCUAUACCUAUUUUUUUCACCUGCGUCGUCAACACUUGAAAUGCGCCGCAACCCUGCCAUACGCAAUCUUCACUCAGCGUCAACCUCUUCAAGUGUGACUCAGCCUAACGUGGACUCUUUCCAGAUUCGAACUCGGCCUUUGCUAUUUCAGCGUUAUCUCCGAUCUCGUUCCGUUCGCCUUUUGUAUCGUCUCCGGCCUCAUCCCGGCGUUAACAGGCCUCCCCACGACGUCAUCACGCCGCAAAAUCCACCCGCAGACUCACUUCAACAUCUCGUGCUUCAACCUGAAGCAUCUUCCAAAACUGCCCAAAACGGACGCAUCAAGGAGUCGUCGCCGCUCCUCCUCCUCCUCCUUCUUCUUAACUCUCGAUCGCUUCUUUCACCCUCCCUAACAUCUCCCUUGAUCCAAGCUCAACCUUAGCUGCGCCGAAGGGAAUCGCUACGAAUCGAACCGCCCAUCACCAGUGAAGUUUGGGAUAACCACUGUUGAUCGCGGGAAGCAAUACCAUGGGAAACAACAACUCCACUCCAGGCGGAUCCAACUCCAAAGGCUCCGGCUCGGCCGGGCCUGAUGGACCCCUCCAGUCUUACCCAUCAUUCAGCAGAUCUGACACCAAGGAAUCGUCCCGCUCGUUUCGAUCUCUAGGCUCAAAGAUUCGUGGUAGCAAGUCCGAUAGUCCCAGGAACUCACAGGUUCUAUCCAAUGGUGACACUGCGACCGAAACAAAGACUGAGGAGCGACGAUCCAGUAGGCAUGGACGUUCAAGCUCUUCUCGACUGAGCCGCAGUGAGCUUCCUCCGCUAAACACCGCUGCGUCAGACAUGUCAGCACCCGAAUCGGCCCUCGCAGAUUCGGCUAUUGGAGACGACCAACCGCCUCCAUCUCCUGUUCAAGGAAACACCAAGGGCGGUGCCCACGAUGUGAGCGCCGCGCAAGCGUCGGGAGAGGUUGAUCAUGUUUCUGACCAACCUCCGUCUGUCAACGCUGGAGCUACUGCGCAUAUGCAAGCUCCAGGCCAGUCUAUUCUGGUGAAGCGAGAAAACACCAUUAACCCAGUCAACAGCCCUUCUGCUGAGUCCAAGACAGACGGAAACUCCAAUGUCGCCAUGUCUGAGAUUAAGGAUAUCGAUCUCGAUGACUUUAUUAAGCGACUCUUGGAUGCGGGUUAUGCUGGGAAGGUCACCAAGAGCGUCUGCCUCAAGAAUGCCGAGAUUGUUGCCAUUUGUCAGAGGGCUAGGGAAGUCUUGCUGUCACAGCCUGCUCUCUUGGAGUUGGAUGCCCCAGUAAAGGUCGUGGGUGAUGUCCACGGCCAGUAUACCGAUGUUAUCCGAAUGUUUGAGAUGUGUGGUUUCCCCCCUAACUCGAACUACCUUUUCCUCGGCGACUACGUUGAUCGAGGUAAGCAGUCUCUGGAGACUAUUCUGCUACUCCUCUGCUACAAGCUCAAGUUCCCCGAGAACUUUUUCCUCCUCCGCGGAAACCACGAGUGCGCCAAUGUCACGCGAGUUUAUGGCUUCUACGAUGAAUGCAAGCGACGGUGCAAUGUCAAAAUCUGGAAGACGUUUAUUGACUGCUUUAACACUCUACCCAUUGCUGCCAUUGUCGCGGGCAAGAUCUUCUGCGUUCAUGGAGGACUUUCACCUGCACUAGUUCACAUGGACGAUAUUCGAAACAUUGCUCGACCAACAGAUGUCCCCGAUUAUGGACUACUAAACGAUCUUCUUUGGUCUGACCCCGCAGACAUGGAACAAGAUUGGGAAGCCAACGAGAGAGGUGUCAGUUAUUGUUUUGGCAAACGAGUCAUUACCGAAUUUUUGGCAGUGCAUGAUUUUGAUCUUAUUUGCCGUGCGCACAUGGUCGUUGAAGAUGGCUAUGAAUUCUUCAAUGAUAGGGUUCUGGUAACAGUCUUUAGUGCCCCCAAUUACUGCGGUGAAUUCGACAAUUGGGGCGCUGUUAUGUCGGUAUCUGCGGAGCUGCUCUGCAGCUUUGAGCUCCUUAAGCCUCUUGACUCAAGCGCUCUGAAGAGUCAUAUCAAGAAGAGCCGAAACAAGCGACAGCACAUGCUCAACAGUCCGCCCGCUAUGGUCCAACCUCAGAGCGUGUAAUAGUAUACAUUGCAAAUACGAAUCCGAUUUUUAUGCUACUUCCUCUAUUGAGACAUUCAUUUAACAAACUACGGCAAUCCGAGGGCGACCCGGACAUUGCUGUCCAAUUUCACCGGAAUGAGCAGCGCAAACAGAUCGACUCUUGAACCAGAGUAUGAAAAGGUCAGAAUGGGUUUGGGUGCCGAGAACAAGCACACUCAGUAUACAGUUGCCAGUACCACGGUGUGACAGCCGCAAGGUCGCGGCUCUGUUCCGAGUGACGGACGUAACUGUCCUAAUCAAAAGACCUGAAAUGGUUGAAUCGGUACACAAAUCCCAGAAUAGCGCCGCUGUGCAUACGCUUUGGAGUUUGGGAAAGGUUGGCCUAUACUUGAGGCGCACUUGUAAAUGGUUGAUUGGAGGAUUGGGAAGGAUGCCUUAUAGAGUAUUAUGGGCUAAUAACAAGAUCCAAGAUCUUGAUUUGUGCAUAGCACCAGGAAUUGAUUACAGGCAGUUCCUAUGAAUAUGUUUAUGCUUUUCUAUAUGACUUACAGUGAAUCGAAUGUGAUGUUGAUGAUUGGCC